CUCCUCAGAUCUCAUCUCACGGAUUUUUGCAUGACUGUAUUCCACCGACUUCAAAGCUCCGUGCCUUAUAUAAGGGCACGGUGUCCUUCCCUUGGCUCCUCCUCAAAACGCCCACCAUUCCACCUCUUCGCUCCACUACGCACCCCAUGAUCACAGACUCAAAUCUGUUACACGCAAAUUCGCGCUCCGUUGUCGCUCGGCCAUUAAAGAGAGGGAGAGCAUGUAUGAACUGCAGGUUCCUCAAGAUUAAAUGCGAUGGCGUGAAACCAAUAUGUGGACCUUGUCGCAAACACCCCAAGGAUGACGAAUGCGAAUACACCGACGGCCCCGUCCGGUCCCGGACGAAGGCUCUAGAAGAUACGGUCCAGCGGCUCGAGGCGCGAUUACAUGAGCUUGAGCAUCCAGACGAAUCGACGCCCUCCGUGACGCUUUUCGACCCAUACGCGUGCCAGGCACCGCCCGCACCGCUCCAGCUCCCGUCUCGCCCCCAUCCGGCUUCGUCCCGGUCGCUCCCGAAUUCCCCGUACGACCAGGUCCCGCGAUUACUGUCGCCCUCAGGAUCGUCCCCGGAGUCGCAGGGGUACACUCAGCUGUCGGCGUGGUCACCCCCGUCGACGCACGGCUCGAGCCCGCUUAUCUUUGAUGGCAGGAGUAUCGCGACUCCAGAGUCCAGUACUUCAAGCCUUGAUUUCCAAGACCAGCCGAUGCAUGACUCGUUGUAUGCUCCGUCCCUGCUGCGUCACCCUGAAUCGACACUGACGUGCUCUUCCAGCUUACAUACGUUUCUGAAGCACGGGUCCCAAUUCGGCUUCUUCCUCGACCAGACGCGAUUUCGGCAAGCGGUCGUUCGUCAGCCCGCGUCGCCCGAUGGGAGCGUGGCCGUCGGACCCGGCCUGGCCCCCGCCCUGCUGCAGACAGUGUACAUGUGGGGAGCCCACCUCUCGGGCCAGCGCGACGAGCGCUUUAGAUACAAGGCGCUGCAGGCCGUGGCGACGGACAUCCUCUCGAAUCCGCUCCUGCAGGUGCUGCAAGCCGAGGUGCUGCUCGGGUACUACUUCUUCCGCACGGGCCACUUCCUCGAAGCGCGCGCCCACAGCGCGACGGCAGCGGCCCUGGCAAUCGGCGCGGGCCUGCACGAGAUCCGCUCGGUGCAGCAGCCGGCGCUGCCGAUGCUGACGAUCAACGAGCAGUUCGUCGAGAGCGGCGUCUUGCUGCCCCCGCCGGCGGAUGUGGUCGAGGAGGGCGAGCGCAUCAACGGGUUCUGGGCGGUGUUCAUGCUGCAGAAGUACCUCGCUGUGGCGCUCGACCCGCCGUCGCGCGUCUGCAGUGUGUUUGAGGUCGCCGGGGGCGCCAUUGUUGAUACGCCGUGGCCCCGGGGGAUGGACGAGUAUAGACAGGGAUUGCUGACUUCCGAUGUUCGAGGAGACGGCACGAUCCGAAAUUUUCUCGGCCAGUUUGACGCCUUCGAUUCUCCCUCGCUCGCGGCGCUCCAAGCCAAGGCUUGUGUGUUGCUGCAUCGGGCAGUGCACUUGCACGGCCAAUGGACGCUGGCUAGCAUGCCCGGCCACAAUCAAGCGCUAUCGAAUGCCGUCCAGGCCGUCGACAGCCUCAUCAACUCGCUGCGCUCGCAGCUCCCGGAGUCAGCCAUGCUGUCCCCCACCACAGCCGGCACAGAGACGACGCGCACGCUGCUGUUGACGCGAUCUCUUCUGAACGCGGCGUCGAUCAAACUGCACAGCCUCUUCAUGAACGAUCCAAGCUCGCGCGAAUACUGUCUUGCUUCUGCCCGGGAUAUGUUUGACUUUGGGUUCGCAUCGAGCGAGCACGACCUGAGACGAGGUCUGGGCUACCUGAACCCCAUCAUGGGGAGUCUCUGGAUGACCGCCUGUUCUGUGUUCGUCGAGGAAAUCAAGCGCCUCCGCUCGUCGUUCGACUCCGCAUCACGUGCAAAGGAAGAGGAGGUGUACUGCAGUCUCCAGGACGGCAUGCACGCCUUGAAGACCUUUGCAGCUGAGAGCCUGCUUAUGCGUGAGUGGUCAUCCAUGUGAGAGGGCUUUGAAUCGCUGUGAGCGAGGGACAACCUGGGCCACGAAUGAUAUACCCUUUUUCGGAUGGAAUUGCCAUAUAUCCGCACAUGGUCAAGAACACGCUGGCCCAGUAUCAGGCGCUGUUGUAUCGCUACCCCAAGGUGUAAUAACAUUAAGCAUCGCACGAACUGUUGUAAUAUAUUGUAGCCAACUGUACUUUACUGUACGCUUACACUCCUUCGGCACCACACACCCGGAUUUCUCUCUCUCAUGGGACCACUAGACUCUACUGUACCUACCUUCUGUUAAUCACUACUGCGCACUAAAAGUACAUACUUAUUCCAUUACACCUUUAGUAGCCGAUCAAUCAUAUGAACCACCAUCUCCGUGUAAUUGAGGCAUAUUUGAUUCCCCGUCCGUGUCCUGACCAGAUCAUCUGAUAUUGCUGCGGAAACAAUCCAGUUCAAGGCGG